AUGCCAGCGUUCAGAUUCCCCGACAGCGACUCGUCACUCGCGCGCGACUCGACGUCGGGCUCGCAUGUCGCGACGCAUGGUCACAGCUUCGCUCCUGGCGCGCGCUACCCCGCAUUCUCUGGCGCGCACUCGGACCACAGGCUCUCUGCGGGGACACACCCCGCGCUGAUAUCCGCGACGUUUGCGCCCGGCAUGGUGCAGGACGCCCCGCCGCUCCCCUCGACCUCGGACCUGUCUGGCCGCCCUCCUGGGCAUCAGCCAAGCGACCGCAACCACGACCAACCCAACACCCGGAACUCGUACAACACGACUACAACUUUCUCGAGCGACCUGUCUAGCAUCCCGAUUGUCGAGGCAUCGCACGGCACGGUGCGGCAGGUUCUGGGCGUCGCGCGCGCCGCGGUCGUACGCACGCCGAAGCCGAGCCUAUCCUCGAUCCACCCGUCGCUGCACAUCAGACGCCUCAGCGGGACAAAAUCCACGCUCGGAGUCCCUGCAGAAAGGCCGCCGCCUGUCCCGAGCUCCCCGCUCGCUCGAUUCGACUUUCCUCGGGUACUGGAAGAGUCAAAAGAAGAAGAAGACCCGUUCCGCGACAGGACCCCGUCGCCCGUCCCGUCGCGCCGCGCCGCAGAUCGCAGGGCUAUCACGCAGUCUACGGGCACGUUUGGCGACAGCGGCACGCAGCGCUGGCCGCCGCCGCGGGCCCGGAAACGUGGUGGCUCGGCGCCGGACAACAAUGUGGUCGAGCAGGGCAGUGUCUCUACGCCUACGAGCGCGAGCCCCCGCCGAUCCACGCACAACGACGUCGCACCGCAGAUGCUUGCGCCGCCACACUCUAUGGACGUACCGCUCACGCCUGCGUCUGCACGACACGAUAUGCUUGCAGUGCCGGGCGAGGAGCGGCGGCGUGACACGACCUCGGACGCUUCCGUCCUCAGCGCGACGUCGAGCUUCGCCGAGUCCCUCCUCUCCUCCUUCCCCUUCGUUCCGCCGUCGCCGCCCGGCUCCUUCAACGCCCGCACGCCACCCCGCUCGCCGCAAGCAUCGCGAUCCUUCAAUGGGAGCGGGAGCACCGACGUGCUAGCUGCCGACCCCGUGCUCCCGCGCAUAGCCUCUUCGACGUCGUCGAGCUCCUCUGGCACCCACCGUUCGAGUUUCACCGGCGACUCGACACGGUCGCCGUCGUUCCCGAACCGCAGGAUGGACGGGUCGCGCCUGUCGACCGACCAAGACUUCCGUUCAUGA